GCCAAUGCUGCUUCUAAGUAAAGUAUCUGUCAAAUACGGAGGGUUGCACCCCAAUCUCACAGGUAAAGUUUUGAAGCAAUUUCAUACGACCUCUAGACUUGCUUUGAAUCCGCUCUUGCCAAUUGACCCGACUGAGAUUCUUACUGAAUUAAACGAUGAGGAGAAGGCCAGAAAUGAGGAGGAAAUCAAAAGGGUGAAAGGAAGAAUAAAAAGUAUUCUUCACAAACCGAAAAAAACUAUCAAUGGCUCUAAAAAUACCGAUAGAAAAGGAACCAGCAGCACAAGCGGAAGCAACGGAAGCAACGGAAGCAACAAUGGAGGGAAUGGGAAAGGGAACGGUAAUAGUGAUGGGCCAAAGUUGAACAAAAAUGGUAACGGCUAUUGGAAACAAUUUCUAGGCAUCGUUAGAAAAUGUACCGAAGCCGGCCUAAUCACUAUGGCAUCUUUAGGAGUUUUGGUACUUGGUGGUAUAUUAUAUCAUAAGAUUUACAAAAGAAACGUUUUAUGGAAAAUGGACGACAGCUUUGACAAUCACGAGAGCUUGAUGUUACUGAAACAUCAAGAGAAUGUUGGAAAUUCGGAUAAAGAGUUAUGGGCGGAGAGAGUCAACCAGAAGUGGAUUGAUGAAAUAGUUACUGGAAAGAUCAAAGGUAAAUAUUAUUUACUGUUAGGCGAGAAAGGGACCGGAAAGACAAGUACUGUUAUGGAAAGUAUUAAUCGUGUGGAUGGAAAAGAUUGCGUUGUUGUUGAUUGUUCGUCAGAUAAUGAAUUAAUGAGACUUCGUAUUGGAAAUGCAUUGAAUUUUGAGUUUUCUGAGGAUUAUAUUGGAAGUCUAUUCAGUAUGAAAGGUCCUCGAGAGUCGACACCAAUUCUUGACAUCGAACGAGCUUUCAUGAAAUUGGAAAAGGUGCUGAUUGAACGGAGACGUAAAACGAAAAAACCGUUGAUACUGACGUUCAACAAUUCCCAUCUAGUUGAUUCAUCAAUUGUCGAGCUUUUGCAACAGAAGGCAGAAACCUUUUCAAGUUCAGGAAUGCUGACCAUGAUUUUUAUCAGUGACGAUUAUUGGCUUUUUGAAAAGCUGAAGACUUUUGCAACUAGAUUGCAGGUGAUAAAUUUUGAAGAUACACAGUUGGAAGAAGCUUCAAAGAUCCUGAAAAGUUCAAGAAUUAAAUUCUUUCAGGAGUCUUUAGAUGAUCAGAAGUGUGAGGCUAUCUACAACAUGAUUGGAGGACGGCCACAACAUUUGAAUCACGUAGCAUCACAAUGGGAUGUAUUCGAUGCAGCACACAAGUUGAUUGACAGUGAAAAAUUGUGGUUUCUUAACAACUGUGCCUUGUUGGGAGCUGAUAUGGAUGACGACGUUAUGGAGUCUGGUAAAUUUGCAACUAGUGCAAUGUUGUUGAUGAGAGAACUGGUGGAGAUGGAUAGAGACAGAAAUGAAAAUAAGUCUACAACCGAAUUUUCGAAGCUACCUCAAUUACCUCUUUGGAGAGCAAGACAAGUUAUGACAAGACCUGACUACAUCGAGAAAUAUGAUAAGAUGAACAUUUUCACAAUUGGGACGGAUUCAAAUGUUCGUGCAGACUCCGUUCCGAUGAUGAGGGCGUUCCAUGAGAUAGCCUCCGAUCCGAAGUUUGAUUCACUUUUGAGAGAGACUAUUGAUCGAAUCAGUGAGAUCGAGUCUUUGGGGCGCACGAGAGAACUUAUUUUUAAAGACUUGACCUCAAAAGGACAAUAUGUUUUACACAAAGAUCCAAAUUCGCAUGACAUGCUAAUUAGUGUAAAAACAGCAGACGAGAACAAGAUAGAAGAAUCUAUCGUUAAUAUUCAGAACCAGGAAGAAAGGUCUUCCGACGACGACCUGCACCAUGAGGGAGAGAAGAAAAAGUGGUGGAAGAGGCGUCUUGAGACUUACAGUCAAUCCGGAAAGGGCAUAGAGAAAUAAUAGGUUCUCUUCUGAGAAAGCCUGAGUCCAUGUGUAUGCUUAGUAUAUACGCUAUAUGUAAAAGUAUCAAAAUAUCAUUCCCGUUAC